AUGGCCAGAGGGGAAGGCCAUGGCCCAACGGCCCGGGGAGAGACCAUGGCUCAAUUUCCAGAAUGGAAGACCAUGACCCGAUUGCCGGAGGGGAAGAUCAUGGCCCAAUGGCCAGAGGGGAAGGCCAUGGCCCAAUGGCACGAGGGAGAGACCAUGGCCCAAUUUCCAGAGGGGAAGGCCAUGGCCCAAUGGCCCGAGCAAGAGACCAUGGCCCAAUUUCCAGAGGGGAAGACCAUGACCCGAUUGCCAGAGGGGGAGGCCAUGGCCCGAUUACCAGAGGGGGAGGCCAUGACCCGAUUGCCAGCGGGGGAGGCCAUGACCCGAUUGCCAGAGGGGGAGACCAUUGCCCAAUGGCCCGAGGGAGAGACCAUGGCCCGAUUGCUAGAGGGGGAGACCAUGACCCAAUGGCUAGAGGGGGAGACCAUGACCCAAUGGCUAGAGGGGGAGACCAUGACCCAAUGGCUAGAGGGGGAGGCCAUGACCCAAUGGCUAGAGGGGGAGACCAUGACCCAAUGGCUACUGACCAGAAUAAUGAUAUAA